AACCCUCCAAUACAAAGUUGCAAACCCUACUUACCUAUCCCUCUCUUUCUCUAUUCUUCUCUGUGAGGAAACAGAAUGGGUGAGUUUAGAGUGGUUCUCAUUCUUCUAUUUGUGUUCAUAGCUGUCCGUGAGUAUGGGGUGAAGGCCAUUGAAACCAAUCCCAACUUUGGUGACACUUGCAGUCCAUGCUGCAAUUUAGGCUUCUGCACAAGGUCAUGUCCCCCAACAUGCCGUUGCGUGGACGUGAGGAACUCCUGUCCCCUCUGGUGCAAAAAGUGUGAUUGCACCACAGGGGAUUCCAACUCCAAACAAUGCGUAUGCAAGGAUACCUACAACUAUUCCCCACCAAAUUGUCCGGCAUCAGACGUUUCUGUUAAAGGGUUUGAAAGCCAGCUGAAUUUGAAGUGAAGGUCCAUCUGCUACUAUAAAUAAAACCUACCUAAAUUAAUGAAAAGGUCAUCAUGGUGCAUGACCUACAUAAAUAAUUAAAAAUGUGAGUCUUUUUUUUUACAAGAAUAAGAAUGUGAGUCCUCACAUGGCUUCUGGUCACUGGUUGUCCUUGGAUCAGUGAGUAAUAUUUGUAUGUAUGGCGUCUUUAAAUGAAUGGACCUUGUUGUGUUGUCAAGCACAAGGAGAGUGAUCAA